UGCGCAUACUCCAGCCUGUUCCAGUUAGCUACAGUGCCUUUCGGAGUCAGGCAGUAUUGUUGUUGUUAUUGUAUUGUCUGCAGUUGUGUACUGUACGGAGCUUUUAUAAUUACAAUGUCGUCUGGCGGUUGGGAAUUGGUCGGCAAGAAGAAAGACAGGACGAACGGCAAGGUGAAUAAGCUCACAAAGGCUGAGAGGAAGAAAUUCAUUGAGAACGCGCCGAAACUCGAGGAUUUCUUGCCACUGAGUCAAGUAAAGACGCUGUAUGAUAAUCUAGAUGGUAACAAGGAGACCAAGAAAUCUCCUAAAGCAAAGGAACAUAAAAUGAAAGAGAAUGAAGAAAAGAAGAAGCAGCAGCAGCAGAAGCAACAGCAACAAGCUGAGAAGAAGAAGCAGGAGCCAAAGGAGAAACCACCGAAAAAUAUAAAGGAUGCAUUGAACGCAAUUGAUAUAAAAGAACUCAAUAAUGUACUGGCUACUGCACAAGCCAGAUAUCCUGAAGCUCCAUUGAUCUGGCUGAAAGACCUCGCAGCAUUCCUCAAUGUUAAAGUACCCAUUGACAAAGAAGACGCAAUUUUCUCAGGGAAGCCCAAGGAUUAUCCAUUGAGUUUAGUACCUAAGGCAAUCUCUUCUACAUUAGAACAUGUAGUAGAAAUGGCAGGCCAACAGUCCGCCCAGCAUUUCUAUGAGAUUACUCUCACCUCCAUGGCUACUGACAUGGUCAAGGGAAUCCCUGUGGUUGGUCACAAGAUAUUUUUGCAGCUAUUGGCACACAUAAAUCCUGAGAUGACCGCCGCAAACAUUCCUAAGCUAAUUACGAUAAGAAGCUCUUACGAAAAUAGGAAGAAUGUUGGCUUGUCCCUGCUAUGGGCUUGGUCCCAGGCUGGCAGGAAGAAUCUGGCGGUCGGCCUGAAGAUCUGGCACGAACUAAUGUCGCCGAUGCUGGACAUGAAGGGCUAUGCGAACUAUGUCGUGCAGAUCUUGAAUGAUUUAGUCUUCGGCCACGACAACGUCCGCGAUCUCAGUCUAGAUCUAUACCUGGACAUCAUUGCAGAGACUUACUCAAACAAGUUCAGCAACCAACCGGCCAAUUUAGCGGUAGAGAUCAGUACGAGCAUUGAUAAGUUGAGAUCGAUAGUAUUUAAAAGCAAGGACAUAAGUUACACGAAAUUGUUCGAAAUGUUGCUCGGAAAAGUAACGCCGAAGUCAUAUACGGACUACAGAUGUGAGAUAAUCAAGGCCCUCGCGGAUUGCCUUGUCACGGAACCUCGUUGCUUCGCCAUAUGGGGUUCCAUCUACCCCACGUACUUGUACCAAUCCAGUCUUCUCUUGCAAUAUAUUGAUGCGAAUUUACCUAGUCUGCAGCCGCAGCUCAGAACCAAGCAUUUCAAGGAAACCCUCGCGAUUUUCCAAAACAGUAACGAGAAAUGGAAGAAAGUUAAAGACGAAAACCUCGCAAACACAUGCAAGGUUACAUCUCAGGCACUAUUAAAGAAAAUGACUUCUUCCACACGUCGUGGCUUUCCCUGGGGAAUAGGUAGCCUGUCUCUCUUGCUACUUAUCAGUGCUGUCAUAAUAUAUGAUGUACAAAAACAUGGCUCUUUUGAAGCAUCCCAAAUUGGAAUAUUUGUGAAAACUAGUGGAAUCUCAAAGUAUGUAGAGAAGGCAUGGACUACAAUACAGUCGUAUUCAUCUGCGGGACACCAGACAAUUAAGAAUAGUUCAGAAUAUUAUAAAGCUGCAGUUGACUUGUGUGUGCCAUAUGUUAAAUUAGCUGGUGAUGUCUAUCUUGUAGUAAAGAAUAUUUCAAUUAAAAUUUAUAAUAAUGCUUUAGUAUAUAUCGAGAAGAAAACACCUAUGGUUUUGGAUACAAUUGAGCACUAUUUCCCAGGAAUUGUAGAUCAGAUUCAAUCCCGAAGUCUUCAGGCAUUAGAAUUUGUGAAAGUUUCUUUCGCUCUGAUUGGAGAGAAAGUCAUUGAACAUUCCAGUGCAGCAGUAGAAUGGUUGGGUAAAAACGUCUUCGUAGGUAAACUUAGCCCUGAGAAUCUCGGAGAUUACGCUGUAUGGACGAUGCGCACGACACUAUCAUAUGCGAGUGAAACGUACAACUGGGUGUAUGAAAAAGUACAGACUCUCUCUCCAUGUCAUAAAUAUUAAAUUCGUCAGUUGUUCUACGGCGAUUGCGGUAAUGAGACAGAAAUCUGCCUCUUCCUUCAUACGUCAGCAUUUAUUAUUUAUGACACCAGAGUCAAGGAGUUGCAUUAAACCUUUUGAAGAUCACGAAUGCGUCGGCCAUUUUACCUGUGAUAUUUAUUAAAAACAAAAAGAGAAAAAAGAAGGAAAGAGAUAUAUAUUGUCUUUUGGUCUGUGGUCUUGACAAAUUUCGUGAAUUUCUAAUAAAUACGAAUAAUCGUAGACAUUCUCUUUUAUUAAGAUACUUGUGACGUGGAAAUUAUUCAAGUAAUCCAGAUAAUACGUGUUAGUCUCUGUGUACGGCAGACUAAUAUAUUUUGUAUUUUCGUUUAUAAUGAAUUUUGAAAAUAGUGAUUAAUAUAUUCAAUGGCUGAGUUAUUAAUAAAAGUACCAUUUUUCGUAACAAAACUUGUAGAUACAAUAAAGAAGGAAUGACCGAAGGUGCAAACUUUUUAUAACGAUUAACGAAAUAGUUUAACAUCCGGUGAAAUGGGUCGUAGCAAUGACAACAGUGAUAUAUAUAUUCAUAGGAAUAGCAGAAUAAUAUUAAUAAAUAUAGCAAUAAUAAUAAUAAUAAUUAUGAUAAUGAGAUGACAGUAAUAAUAGCGACAAAAUACAAUAGAUGAACAUGAUUAUGACAAUGAUAAUAUUUUAACAAGAAUAUAUUAAAGUUUUACAUGGGAAGAGAUCUGUGGACAGUGACAGCCACCUCCAUAAAGCUACGUCUGUAAAAAUUAGUGUCAUCUUCUCUUGCGACAGAGAGAGCGGCGGUAUAUUUUUUUUGACAUUGGUUACGUUCAGCAAACACAGUGGUUGUCAACUUUCAAUCAAGAUCAUCUGUGAUUAGUAUGUACUUAUAGUCUGUUCUUUUUCAAAGAACUUCCUGAACUGGUACAUAGUACAAUAAGUUAGAAUGAAAUAAAAUAUAUUUGUCUCAUUCUAACUUACUGCACCAAGAAAUACAGCAUUCAAAAAAUUCUUUAGAAAAGAACAAACUGUUGAUUUCAAUAAGAUUUGCACUUUUUUUUUAGUGCAGUUUAUGCAAUUUUAAUGCAAUUAAUUCGAAACACAGCUGGUGGUCUAAUGAGAGAACUUGUUUUCGAUUUAUUCCCAGAAGUUAAAUUCUCUUAUUGAAUUAUUGAUUACGUUCGAAACUAUAUAAAUGGAAGUGUUCAAAUUAUAUUGAAACAACAUACAAUAUCGCAAAUGUAUAUACUUUAAAUCUACCAAUCACAACUCUCAAAGUUGAUCACUCAACCGCUAUUCGCUGAACGCAGCCAUUGACUGCCAGCAAUUUUGUAACGGUUGUCAACUUUUGAGUAAAAAUCCUGAUUGGUGUAUAUUUUUAAA